GGCUCGGUCAGCUUGGUAAGCUCGGACGGCUUUACGUUCGUGCUUACACGUGCAUGCAUUUCACGCCGUUAUUUUGUCAUCGCUACUAUUGCGCUCGAGGUAAUGAGUAGAAAACAAAUAACUUGAUAAACUUUAGAUUGUGAAACUUGAAAGUGCAUAGUCGUUUAUUCAUUUCUCUAUGUAUAUAUAGAAUCAAUAUUCCGGUGAGAUUUAAAUGAAUCUUGUGUACUGCGCGUUAUUAAACGAAAUCACUGUGUGAUAAAUCGACGAAGGAACAAAAAAAUUCCCGUUUCAAGAUGACUCGUGGAUCUCGAUCAAAAAAGAUCUCGGUGGCAGAGAUGAUGAAAGUACCGCCUCACCGACCCAAAGCCAUGAUUGGAUGCAGGCACAUUCAGGCGAUCAUGAUGACUUUAGGAUUUUUUUGUUGUUAUGCUGUGAGGGCUGCGCUUUCAAUAUCGCUUGUCGCUAUGACAAACGCAAAAUCGGCGAAUCCAAACUUCAAGGAGUACGAGUGGGAAGACUCAGUUCAAGAUCUUAUACUGAGCUCAUUUUUUUGGGGCUAUGUUGCGACUCACAUACCCGGUGGGUUAAUUGCACAACGGUGGGGUGUACACGGUCUUUAUACUUGGGCAAUGAUGCUGUGCGGCGUUGCUACAAUACUCAUACCCAUCGCAGCAGAUUACGGGGGUUGGGCAGGUGUUUGCGUUUGUCGAGUUAUCUCGGGAGCUUGUCAAGGCAUCGUUCCACCGGUACUUCAUACACUUUUGUCUAAAUGGGUACCAAUCGAAGAACGAGGACGGUUCGGAUCUUUUACGUAUACCGGUGGAUGGGUAGGGAACGUAGCAGCUCUGUUAAGUUGCGGAAUUAUUUCUGGCUCUUCGCUGGGAUGGCCAAGUUGUUUUUAUAUUUGGGGUGGCCUUACUAUUGCGUGGUCUACGGCUUGGUUUUUCAUUGGUAAAGAGUCCCCGGCCGAUCAUCCAAAUAUACCUCAUGAUGAAAAGGAGUUCAUUGAAGUCAGUCUGGGCGUGACCGAAACGUCAGAGGUUUUAUCCACGCCCUGGCUAUCCCUUCUAACUUCUGGCCCGCUUUGGGCUCUCUUAAUAGCACAAUGCACGCAAGCUUGGGGUUUCUGGAUGCUUCUUACCAAAACUCCGAUGUACAUGGAUAAGGUACUAAAGUAUCCCAUCGCAGAGAAUGGCCGCGUAUCCGCUCUUCCAUACUUCACUGCAUGGGUUCUCAGUUUUCCAGUCAGUUAUAUAGCCGAUCUUUUGAUUAGAAAAAAAAUUACCUCGUUGAAUACAUCUAGAAAGGCAUGUAAUUCGCUGGGUGAAAUGUUACCAGCAAUUGCACUCAUUGGUUUGGGUUUUAUCGAUAAAGAUAAACCACACGUUGCUGUUGCUCUUUUAACCAUCUCAGUAGCAUCUAAUGUUGCUAUUUUUUGCGGCCAUCAAGUCAAUCACAUGGAUCUAAGUCCCAACUACUCUGGUACUCUUAUGGGCAUUACUAAUGGGGCAGCUAAUGUUUGCAGUAUCCUGGCUCCUAUUGUUGCUGGUGCCAUCAUCCAUGACAAGACCGACGUAUUGCAGUGGAGAAAAGUAUUUAUUCUGUCAGCUAUCAUUUAUACGAUGGGAAGCAUAGUGUUUGCGCUGUUUGGAUCAACAACGGUUCAACCGUGGAAUGAGUCGACCUCCCCACCUACGAAAUAUGAAUCACGAGUGACAAUGUCUAAAAUACCGGAGGAUCCCUCAUCAGAGAAAACUAUGAAUGAGAAAAAUAAUGUAAUUACCUCAGACAACAGUAUUGCUCGAGUCAGCUCCGGAUUUUUCAACCCACGUCAUGUGUCAUGAUGGUACGUGUCGAAGAAUUAAUCAUUUUCUUCUUUCAUAUUUUAUCAACAUUGUCAUCAAUAAUAUAUCAAUAUUUUUUUAUUCAUUAUAUAAUUAUCAUAGGAAAAUGAUACGAGUUUUAUGUUUGUUCAUUUUUCGAAAUAAAUGAUUCCAUUAUUAUAU